AUGGAGGAGACAAGCCUGAGGAAUCGGAGAGAAGAUGAGAAGUCCAUCCGGAGUAUCCAGAGUAAGGAACCCAAGACCACGAGUCUCCAGAAGGAGGUGGGCCUGCUCAGCAGCAUCUGCAUCAUCGUGGGCACCAUCAUCGGCUCUGGGAUCUUCAUCUCCCCCAAGUCUGUGCUCAGCAACACGGAAACCGUGGGGCCCUGUCUCAUCAUAUGGGCGGCCUGUGGGGUCCUCGCAACACUGGGUGCCCUGUGCUUUGCAGAGCUUGGCACGAUGAUCACCAAGUCGGGGGGCGAGUACCCUUACCUGAUGGAGGCCUUCGGGCCCAUCCCUGCCUACCUCUUCUCCUGGACCAGCCUGUUCGUCAUAAAGCCCACAUCCUUUGCCAUCAUCUGCCUCAGCUUUUCGGAGUAUGUCUGUGCGCCCUUCUAUUCGGGCUGCAAUCCCCCUCCGGUUGUCGUGAAAUGCCUGGCUGCCGCUGCCAUCCUGCUCAUCACCACGGUGAACUCGCUGAGCGUGCGGCUGGGGAGCUACGUCCAGAACGUGUUCACGGGGGCCAAGCUGGUGAUCGUGGCCAUCAUCAUCAUCAGCGGGCUGGUCCUCCUGGCCCAAGGGAACACAAGGAAUUUUGAGAAUUCUUUUGAGGGCACAAAACUGUCUGUGGGAGCCAUCAGUCUGGCAUUUUAUAAUGGACUCUGGGCGUACGAUGGAUGGAAUCAACUCAAUUACAUCACAGAGGAACUUAGGAACCCUUUCAGAAACUUGCCCUUGGCCAUCAUCAUCGGGAUCCCACUGGUGACAGGCUGCUACAUCCUCAUGAACGUUUCCUACUUCACCGUGAUGACUCCUACCGAGCUCCUGCAGUCCCAGGCGGUGGCCGUGACCUUUGGCGACCGCGUUCUCUACCCGGCCUCUUGGGUGGUUCCGCUGUUCGUGGCCUUUUCCACCAUCGGUGCCGCCAACGGGACUUGCUUUACGGCAGGCAGACUUGUGUAUGUGGCGGGCCGGGAAGGCCACAUGCUUAAAGUGCUCUCCUACAUUAGCGUCAGGCGCCUGACUCCAGCCCCUGCCAUCAUCUUUUAUGGCAUCAUAGCAACUAUUUAUAUCAUCCCUGGUGACAUAAACUCAUUGGUCAAUUACUUCAGUUUUGCUGCAUGGCUGUUUUAUGGCCUGACGAUUCUGGGAUUGGUUGUCAUGAGGUUUACAAAGAAAGACCUGGAAAGGCCUAUCAAGGUGCCCAUUUUCAUCCCCAUCUUGGUGACUCUCGUCUCCGUGUUUUUGGUUUUGGCCCCAAUCAUCAGCGAACCCGCGUGGGAAUAUCUCUACUGUGUGUUAUUUAUACUGAGCGGCCUUAUAUUUUACUUCCUUUUUGUCCACUAUAAGUUUGGAUGGGCUCAGAAAAUCUUAAAGCCCGUCACCAUGCACCUUCAGAUGCUGAUGGAGGUCGUGCCGCCAGAGGAAGCUCCAGAGUAGCAAGCCCGGCCUCCCGGAGCCAAGUCCAAGCUGCGACGGAUUUAUUUGUGUAAGCGGUAUUUGUGGUUAUUUCUACCUGGUGUCUUCCUCAAGGAAAAAAAAAAAAAAAACACGUAUUCAGGUGUUCAUAACGCUGUUAUGUUUCCAUAGCCUCAGUUCUCUGGGUGGGGGUUCUAGAGAAAACGGACAGGCGUUUGCCGAAGUUAGCAGUGAAGAUGCGACCUAACUGAAGGCUGGCGGCCAGCCAAGGGCUCAGUGAAAAUUACCACCUUACGACUGUGACGCUUCAGCGGGGGGAGGCACGUCACAUCUACUUAAAUAAAGGGCACUCUUUAAACCAGGGACCACUAAGGUGUGUAAAAAUACACACACGUUUUGCUCUGAUCGAAACAGGUUUUUAACACACUGAAGUACAGAUGUUUUACUGCCCACCCUCGCCGCUCCCAGAAGUCCCGCACCCCCGUGUCCGAGGCAGGUCUAUCCCAGGCUGAAUGUCGAGGCCCCCACUGCAAGACGGACCAUCCAGAACCAUCCGCAGCCUGGUGCCCAAGACAGGCCCCACCUCAGCCC